CUAAAUUUUACCCCAACGUACAUGACAUAAGAUAAGAGUCCCCUUGACUCUGUUCUAUGUUACAGAAUCCAUAUCUGUCAUCGUUCCUCUUGUCCAACUCAACCAACACAAACAAUCAGACAUGAAUCUAAAAACCCUUGUCACCAGUUCUUCUACUUCUGCUGCAUUCCAAAACCCUAAUAAAUUCUUCAACACAUUAUCUAAACAAUCAUUUCUUCCUCCUCGUAUGUCAUGCACAUUGCCUCAAAAACAUCUUCUUGUCUCCUCCUCAUCUUCUUGCAGAUAUCGAUACACUAUUAUCACUAGUUGUUUGCAGAACAGAGCAAAUGAUGACAAUGUGGAUGCUUCUGUUUCAAGUGAUGAUGAUGAGAGUAUUUGGAGUCAGAUUGGUGAGAUUGUCAGAUUCUCCGGGCCUGCAACUGGGCUUUGGUUAUGUGGGCCAUUGAUGAGUUUGAUUGAUACUGUGGUCGUUGGCCAGUCCAGUACUGUUGAGCUUGCUUCUCUAGGACCGGCGACAGUGUUUUGUGAUGAUUUAGGUUAUGUGUUUAUGUUCCUUUCUAUUGCCACCUCAAAUCUUGUUGCCACUGCACUGGCUGGGCAGGGUAAAGAUGAAGUGCAGCAUCAGAUAUCUGUAUUACUUUUUGUUGGGCUGAUUUGUGGCAUCUUGAUGCUUUUGUUUACUAGAUUCUCGGGAGCAUGGGCCCUGACAGCUUUCACUGGGGCAAAGAAUGUAGAUAUAAUAUAUUCAGCAAACAAAUAUGUCCAGAUUCGAGGUUUGGCUUGGCCAGCUGUGCUGAUUGGAUGGGUUGCUCAGAGUGCAAGUCUUGGCUUGAAAGAUUCUUGGGGGCCUUUGAAGGCUUUGAUUGUUGCUAGUGCAAUAAAUGGGAUUGGCGAUGUAGUUCUGUGCACAUUCCUUGGAUAUGGUAUUGCAGGAGCAGCAUGGGCAACAAUGGCAUCACAAGUUGUUGCAGCUUAUAUGAUGGUUGAAGCUCUGAACAAUAAAGGAUAUAACGGGUUUGCUCUCUCUGUUCCAUCAUUCAGCGAGUUGCAGAACAUAUAUAUGCUUGCAGCUCCAGUUUUCGUUCUAAUGAUGUCAAAGGUCGCGUUUUAUGCACUUCUAGUCUAUUUUGCUACAUCUAUGGGUGUUCAGGCAGUUGCAGCUCAUCAGGUCAUGAUCCAAAUGUACUUCAUGUGUGCGGUAUGGGCAGAACCUCUAGCUCAAACGGCUCAAUCAUUUAUGCCUGAGCUGUUAUAUGGAGCUAAACGAAGUUUAUUAAGGGCACGAAUGCUGUUGAAGUCUUUGGUAAUUGUUGGAGCUUUGAGUGGUACAAUAUUGGGAUCCAUUGGAACAGUUAUUCCCUGGUUUUUUCCCUCUAUUUUUUCACCAGAUAAUGGGAUCAUAAAGGAGAUGCAUAAAGUGCUAGUUCCGUACUUUAUCACGCUGUGUGUUACACCUAGUACUUCUGGUCUGGAGGGUGCAUUGCUGGCUGGACGAGAGUUCAAGUUUAUCAGUUUGUCAAUGAGUAGUAUCGUUUUUUGUGGGGCUUUGCUACUCAUGUUGUUGAGCAACAGGGGAUUUGGUUUGUCUAUAUGCUGGUGGGGCUUGGCGGCAUUUCAAUGGUCUAGAUUUGGCAUUGCUUUUGGACGCCUCACCUCACCAGAUGGAAUACUAUGGUCUAACAAAUCCACACAACACUCUUUGGGGAAUCCAAGUGCUGCUUAGAUCUAUAGCAUUUUAUUUCAGUCUGUAUAUUCUUCAAGGUAAAAUUGGCAUCAUGGCAUGUAGGUUCAUUGCAGUCAAUAUGUGAUUUUAACGUGGUACAAAAUUAGUUGUAAGUUAUACUUUAGUUUAUUUAUCUGAAUUUCUUGUCUUUCAUAUUCAUUCAGAUUGUUUCACUA